AUGUUAUAUGGGCUACGUCCUCUAAAGAGAAGAAAAAUGACACCUUAUGAUAAAGAUUACGAAGGUUACAUGCCUGGGAGAAACGACCAGAUAGAACUUCCGGUGGUUCAGGCAGUGUCUACGGUUUCUUCAUUGGAAGAAAGCCAGUCUCAAGACCAUUCACAAACUUUGUCUGUACGAGAGGAUCUACCUUCAGCCAGCAACAGCAUUGGUGGCAAUACGAUACACUCCAUCUCUUCCAACAUUGGUGAGACGAGAACAGGAAAUUCCAAUUCCAAUACUACUACUACUACUAAUAAUAAUAAUUCUAAUUCUAAUUCUAAUUCUAAUAAUACUGAUGCAAAAUCUGAUACUAUAACCGGUAACUAUACUUCGGAGAGUACAGAUCGCAUAUCGGGAAAUAACGACAAGAGUAGUCAAACAACCCGCCUUCAAAGGCAUCCUUCUCAUCUGGGCAUGUCGCCCACAAUAAAGCCUAAAGUUACUUCCGGAAAGUAUGCAUUAUUCGAUUUCCAAAUACUGAGAACUUUGGGUACCGGUUCGUUUGGUAGGGUCCACCUAGUACGGUCUAACCAUAACGGUAGGUUUUACGCUAUGAAGGUCCUAAAGAAGAAUACUGUUGUCAAACUGAAACAGGUGGAACACACAAAUGACGAGAGGAAUAUGCUUAGUAUAGUUUCACACCCGUUCAUUAUUCGAAUGUGGGGUACUUUCCAAGAUUCACAGCAGCUUUUCAUGAUUAUGGACUACAUUGAGGGAGGAGAGUUGUUCUCUCUAUUGAGGAAGUCUCAGCGAUUCCCAAACCCCGUUGCCAAGUUUUAUGCUGCGGAGGUUUGUCUUGCCUUAGAGUACUUACAUUCAAAGGGCAUCAUUUACAGGGACUUAAAGCCAGAAAACAUUCUUUUAGAUAAAAACGGACAUAUUAAGAUUACGGAUUUUGGAUUUGCAAAAUAUGUGCCCGAUGUUACAUACACUCUCUGUGGUACGCCAGAUUAUAUUGCCCCCGAAGUUGUCAGCACCAAGCCAUACAAUAAAUCUGUGGAUUGGUGGAGUUUUGGUGUUUUAAUUUACGAAAUGUUAGCAGGUUAUACACCUUUCUAUGAUUCAAACACUAUCAAAACUUAUGAGAAUAUUUUAAAUGCUCCCCUAAAAUUCCCUCCAUUCUUCCAUGAAGAUGCACGCGAUCUAAUAUCAAAGCUCAUUACAAGAGAUUUAAGUCAGCGACUUGGUAAUUUGCAAAAUGGUAGUGAAGACGUUAAAAACCAUCCAUGGUUUAGCGAAGUUAUAUGGGAAAAGUUGCUGUGUAGAAAUAUCGAAACACCAUACGAACCACCUAUCCAGGCAGGACAAGGUGACACUUCCCAAUAUGAUAGGUAUCCAGAAGAAGAAGUCAACUAUGGUGUACAAGGAGAAGACCCAUACCAUUCCAUUUUCGCAGACUUCUGA